AUACAGACAGCUAUGGUGAUGGUGAUGUCACUGCUGAGGAGUUUGCUGUUGUUCUACUUCUCAUUCAAUGAAUUGACCACAGCAGCAGAAGCCAUUCUCUGGGUGAAGACUGGGGAGAAGUUUACCAUGAAGUGCUCCACCACUCUAAAAGACCAGGACGGAAUAUACCUGUAUGUUGGGCUGGACAGGGACAUGGAGGUGUUGUAUUACUACCAGCGUAACUCCAAGCUGAGCCCCAGGGACGGCUACUGGGACAGAGUGAAGACUGAGGGACCUGUGGACCAACUGACCAUCACCAUCAGUAACCUGACCAUAGAGGACACAGGAUUCUACCGGUGUAUUUACACAAAAUACAAUGAAACCACGUAUGAAAAUGAUAUCAACCAAGGAAGAGGCUCCACUCUGGUCGUGGUGAAUGACGAUGUCCUACAGCUGCCAUGUCCUACAGUUACUGCAGUAACGCUGACCCCCUUUCACCCAGCCAAUGAGAAGCCGUGCCCAUCUGGCGUGGUGAACGUCAUCAUCAUUAGCAUCUUGACCAUCCUGCUGUGUGUCAUCUUCCUCAUCUGGGUCGCUCCACGGGGGAAGAGGUGCCGUAACCAGGGAGGAUCCACACCCCAGGUCAUUCCUGACUCGGUCUAUGUAGACAUGGUCAGGAAUCACGUUUAUCAACCAGACACACAGCAGGAAGAAUCGAACCCCUAUUCUGUGUCUACAAAAGGAGGUAGUAGGACCACUGAGUAGCUUCUUCAAAUGCGUUUUCUGAAUAUUGCUUCUUUGCUUUUUCAGAAUUGAAAAGCCUGUUCUGCUGUAUUUCACAGUUCUAGCCUCACUGCAAGUGUUAGUGGUAAAUUGUUUGUGUGUGUCGCACCGCAUACCAUGCUUAUGUGUGUGAAUAAAAUCUCUAUACGGAAAGUAUUCGUAUUUCAACAGAAGACCAGCAGGAAGAAGGGAACAGCCAAUGUUAUAUUCCAGGGCUAUUCAACUAUAUUCUUACGAGGGCCAGAUGUAAAAAAGGUUCAUUUCAGGGGGGCCGAACAUUUUACACAUGCGACGCACACACACACCAAUAAAGCGCUUUUCUUCUAAUGAAGUGUUGCUAAAAGUAGUUAGGGAAGAAGUGGAAAGUGCUUGAUCAACGUGAGUUGAGGUGCAACCAAAAAAUGUGCUCCUCAUUGAAAAGGAAAAGGCUCAAUGCUUGCUCACCAUUUUAACGAUUAAAAUAUUCUUAAAAGUAAUUUGGUGAUUUGAAAAUCAUCUGAAAACUAAGCAUCUCAAUAAAUAACAGACAACAACCAUAGUGCUUUUCAUUUUGGCACUGAACAUUGGAUUUUGGUGCAGAUCUUUUAUGAAUGUUCAGAAUUGAUCAAAGGGCCAGUCUAAAUUAAUAAACUGUCCAGAUCUGGCCCGUGGGCCGCCAGUUGAAUAUCCCUGUUUUAGUCCAUAAGGUGUACAGUUGAUAGCGAUGGAGGCCUCCCUAUAACUUUUUUCAAUACAUCAGGUCAUAAGAUUUAUAUUGCUUUUAGUUCUAAACAAUAGUGUAGGCUAUGUUUUUCUGUAGUGUUUUUAGGUCACUGGACCACUCAUCAAGCUGUUCCUGUUGUAUGGUGUCUGCCACAAAGUCAAAAGAGCUAACAUUAAAAUGAGAACAGUUUGUUAAGACUUUUAUUAUAUUUUAUCAUAGGUACAAAUAUUUUAGCUGCCUAAACUUCAUCAGGUACAUCAGGAUAUAAGCCAUUUUUACAUUACAUUAGAUUUUUCUGUUGUUUUAGUUGAGAUAGCUAGUAGGUUAAAACCAUAAUGAUCCGAGUAAAAAUGUUUCAUGCUGAUACAGAGUAAUGAGUGCAUCUUGUGGUUGGAAAAGCAAUUAUUCAUUUUUACCAAGUGACGUAGUAAUUGUCUAUAAUUGAUAUAUUCAUGUGUAGUUUAACUUGUGUAUUCAUGUUUAUGUUGUAUUUGUGUACGUAUGUGGUACGCAUUGGUGAUGUUCAGCUAUAUUUCUUACAGUAUAUUUUAUGUUUUGGAAAGUUUUCUAUCUAAACCAAGUGAAGAAAAGUUCAGACAGGAAACCAGAGUAUUUGCUUUCCCGACCACCCACCCCAGACUCCUCCUGCCUUGUUCACUGUUUAUUAUUAUUAUGGCAUCAUUAUGCAUGCUCUGGCAGUGAGCUACCCCAAAGGAGCAGAGCCUAACGCCAAGAGUAACGUAUUGAAUGUAUUUGAAUAUUUUCUAAUAAAUGUCCAAUUUAU